GAUGUGACAGAGUCCUCCGUCCCUCUCUCCUGUCAGCAGUCAUCUCGCCCGUGCGCCUUUCAUCUGAAAGGGACCGCGAGCGCUCCUUCACUUCAAAGUGGACACGGGAACCGUUCCAUUCCGGCGUAAAGAUGCCCAGAGGAUUUUUAGUGAAGAGGAGCAAACGCGGCUCAGCGGCUUCUUACAGAACGCGUAACGACGACAACUUAAUGCCAAAAGCGGACCUGCCUGUGAAUGCACCGGAGUGGACAACCGGUGUGCCAACUGCGUGCCCAAUUGUGAAGUUAUCCGAGGACAGUACAUUUGAAGAACCAUGGACCAGUGCCCCGGCUGAAGCGGACCAGGCGCAGCUGCCAGAGAGCGCAGACAAGGUGGAGAUUAGAGAGGACUUUGGGAAAUACCCACCACACCAUCCCCGCACUGAGCCGGACCACGACGGAUCUCCGGGGCGGGCUGACCUCUCCUAUAGCCCGAUAAAACCAGUUGGCGCUGUAGUGGAAAAAUCGUCCCUUGACCGGUGUAUGAGUUCACCAACUGUGACAGAGCCGUACGCAAUGAGCACGCCGGUGUCUUCAAUAGAGAGACUUCUUCUAAAUCACGCGCCCUUUGGACACUCUGAUAUGAAAUUCGACCCACCUGUGCACCUCUACCAGUCUUUCCAUCAUGCUAUGAAACGCACGUACAUGGAGCAGGAGCGCAAGAUCAAGCCAGCAGCCAAGAAGCCUAAAGUAAUCCGGAAACUCAGCUUCGAGGACGAAAUCUCCACCUCACCCGUGCUUGGGCUGAGAAUUAAGAAGGAGACCCCCGAAUUUAAAGCAGCUACCGCAUCUUCUGUUAAUAAGAAACCGCUGGGAGAAUUCAUCUGCCAGCUCUGCAAGGAGGAAUACCCUGACCCGUUCUCCCUCGCGCAACACAAGUGCUCCAGAAUUGUGCGCGUAGAGUACCGCUGUCCCGAGUGCGACAAAGUUUUCAGCUGUCCUGCCAACCUGGCCUCUCAUCGCAGGUGGCAUAAGCCUCGUCCUGUAAACCACAGAGAGGCACAGAGCGCCAAAAAGUCACAGCCGGAGACACGGCUGCAUGAGAGGACUUUCGUGGAAGGGAAAGAGAACGCGAGCGAGUUGAGAGUUAACAAUCAGCACCACGUUUCUCUGGACAGCUCCGCGUGUCAGCGGGCUGUCACCGUGGACAGCUCCCACAGACAAGAGCAGCUGCGCAGGAGGGCACAGGAGAGCCCGCAGCCCUUCGAUUCGCGCUACCGGGACCCAGAUAAAACUAUGGACCUGCACAUCAGAGCGGGUGACAGCCCAGGCAUAAUGCAUUGUCCGGAGACCACCGACGUGGCACUGCCCACCUCUUCCUUCUUAAAGACCUCCGGGACAGUAGAGGAGAUUUACGAAUGUCACUAUUGCAGCAAGAAGUUCCGACGACAAGCCUAUCUGAGGAAACAUCUUGCGGCGCAUGAGACAAUCAAAGCCUCGACCUAUAACCAGAUAGAGAGUGGGCAAAUCACGUUUCCCUGUCACUUGUGCGGUGCCCAUUUCCCAUCCACUGACAUUUGGGACAAGCACAGAGUUUGGCAUGCAAUGAGAGAUGACAUUCUGAUGAAUCCAGGGAAGAUUGCGGGUAGACCAGACUUGGUAAGACCAGAAUUAAUAAGACCAGACCUCACACAGGGAGACCAACAGAUAUUCACCUGUAAGCACUGCCCAUCUACCUUCUUCAGUUCUCCCGGGCUUGCCAGGCAUAUCAACAAGUCUCACCCCACAGAGAUCCGGCAGGUGAUGCUUCUACCGAUGGCAGUCAGACCCGACUGCUAGUAGCCUAGUCUAGGCUGAUGUAGGCAAGUCUAGGCCAGGGUUUCCCAAACUCAGUCCUGGGGUCACGUUUAGUUUAGUUUUGU